GUGAGUCCCACGGUCACACUGGCGUGGAAAGCGGCAUUUACUUUGAGAGUUUUACGAUUUUUUUCAAUUACCAAUUUCAACGUAAAUUGGCCGGCGCAGCGCACGCAACGACCGGUAGACGUCCGAUACACCCAUUACCCAUAUAGCAAAAUAGUGAAAUGAAUGUUCCUCCUAGUGUGGGCAAUGGAGGAGCACCGCCGGGAAGGGGCAUGUACACGCCGCCCAAUGCGAUUGUGCCGCAGUUUCCGCCUCCGGGAUUUGCGGCCCCGCCCCCUCCGGAGCUGGCCGCCGCCUUCGGGGUUAUGGCCUCCAGCACGGAGUGGACGGAACAUAAGGCACCGGACGGGCGACCCUACUACUACAACCAGAAUACGAAGCAAAGUUCUUGGGAGAAGCCAGAGGCCCUGAUGACGCCCGCCGAGUUGCUACACAAUCAGUGUCCCUGGAAGGAGUACCGUUCUGACACGGGCAAGGUUUACUAUCACAACGUCGCGACCAAGGAGACCUGUUGGGAGCCGCCGCCGGAGUACGUAGACAUGAAGGCCAAGGCGAAGGCGGAGGAAGCUGCUGCUGCCGCAAAAGCCGUGGCGGCCAUGACUUCGUCUAGCUUGGCGGGCAUGGUGCCCCAUGCUGCUCUGGCCAACAUCCUGCCCGCCGCCCUACCCGCUGCCCCCAGGAUACCCACGCCCGAGAUUCAUUCGCCCUUAACGCCCAGCAGCAAUGAGAAUUCUUCCUCCGCAUUGGACCAGGCAAUGGCAGCCACUUUGGCAUCUAUUGAGGUUCCACAACAGAAUGCUAAAAAGGAUGAAAAGUCAGAAAGCACAAUGGUGUUCAAGGACAAACGCGAGGCCAUCGAGUCAUUUAAGGAGCUGCUCCGAGACCGCAACGUGCCCUCUAACGCCAACUGGGACCAGUGCGUGAAGAUUAUAUCAAAGGAUCCGCGCUACGCCGCAUUCAAGAACCUCAACGAGCGCAAACAGACUUUCAAUGCCUACAAGACGCAGAAGAUCAAGGACGAGCGGGAGGAAUCACGCCUGAAAGCCAAAAAGGCAAAGGAGGACCUGGAGCAGUUCCUUAUGUCUAGCGACAAAAUGAACUCGCAGAUGAAGUACUUCCGCUGCGAAGAGGUUUUUGCUGGGAACAGGACAUGGACGGUGGUGCCAGAACCGGAUCGGCGGGAUAUAUACGAGGAUUGUAUAUUUAACCUGGCCAAGCGAGAGAAAGAAGAGGCCCGGCUGCUUAAAAAGCGCAACAUGAAGGUUCUGGGCGAACUGCUCGAGUCAAUGACGUCGAUUAACCACGCCACCACUUGGUCAGAAGCCCAGGUAAUGCUACUGGACAACGCGGCAUUUAAGAACGAUGUGACCCUGCUGGGGAUGGACAAGGAGGAUGCCCUCAUUGUCUUCGAGGAGCACAUUCGGACCUUGGAGAAGGAGGAGGAGGAGGAACGCGAGCGGGAAAAAAAGCGGAUGAAACGGCAGCAGCGCAAGAAUAGGGACUCUUUCCUGGCACUGCUUGAUUCUCUUCACGAAGAGGGCAAGCUUACUUCUAUGUCGCUGUGGGUGGAGCUGUAUCCCAUAAUAUCCGCCGACCUGCGAUUCUCCGCCAUGCUUGGCCAGAACGGCUCCACACCCCUGGAUCUCUUCAAGUUCUACGUGGAAAACCUAAAGGCUCGUUUCCAUGACGAGAAGAAAAUUAUUCGGGAAAUCCUGAAGGAAAAAGUAUUUGUGGUCCAGGCUAAAACUUCCUUUGAAGACUUUGCGACGGUUGUGUGUGAAGAUAAACGUUCAGCUAGCCUGGAUGCGGGCAAUGUGAAACUCACCUACAACUCCCUGCUAGAAAAGGCGGAGGCCAUUGAAAAGGAGCGCAUGAAGGAGGAGGUGCGACGGUUGCGAAAGUUAGAAAACGAGAUCAAGAACGAGUGGCUGGAGGCCAACGUGUCAGUGGCCGAACCCUACGAGAGUGCCAAGAAGCUGGUGGAGCACCUGGAAGCAUUUGCUUUGUACGAAAAGGAAAUUGGUGUGGAAAAGAUCUGGGAGGACUUCAUUAAGGAAAGCGAAGAUGCCUGCAGCCAUCACCACUCGCGGUCACGAAAAUCAAAAAAGAACAAGAAGCACAAAAAACGAAUUCGAUCCACUUCGAGGUCGGACAUUGAGAACGAGCAAGUCGAAUUGGAGAAGUCCAAGCGAAGACGUUCCAAGUCGCGAUCGCAUUCCCUGAGCACGAUCGGCAGCAUCGAGAGCGAAAAACUGUUAAAGAAGAAAAAGAAGCGCAAGAACAAGCUGCGAGGUUCCUCCUGCGAAUCGGAAUUGGCAGGCAACCAGUCGCCAGGCACUCAAGCACUUCUGCAAAACGACUCAAACUCGCAUUCGCCGGCCAAGAAAAAAAAGAAGGAAAAGCGAGCCAGGAAGGACAAAGAGGGCAAGCGACACAGGCACAACCGCUCCGGCACGCCCCUCAGCCCCGCUCAGUCCAUUGAUUCGCCGGGAUCGCGGAACGAGGAGUUAACGCUAAGCGACGGCGAGCUAGAAUCGAAGCGCGCGGCCUUGCUGGCGCAACUGAGCGAACAGCUAGACGAGUAACUGGCGGACGGCACUGAGCCUAAACCGACAUAGACAGCGUGUGGCACACUCAAGCUCCGGCUGAGCAGCAGGCAUCGAUGUCAGUUGCUAGACGAGUUCUCCCGCGUCCUUGCCUUCCACUGCACCCCACUUUGUUUGGUUAAGAUGUAGUCCUGGCCUCAGCACAAGCCACACAGCGAACCACUAAUGUAAUUCUUAGUCGCAAUAAGUUUCAAUGUAUAAAUGAGAAUUAAAACUAUCCAGUCAAGUUUUAAGUUUUACGCAAAUGAUUUUGAGUCUCGCAUCAAAAUAAACGAGAAAUAACGUAAUUCCA